AUGAUCAAUAUUAAUAUUAUAUUUAUUAUAUUUUAUUUAGCGAUAAUUUUGAGUGGUACUAUUUAUGACCAUCAUCCAAGGUAUAAUCCUAAUUUCCAAACACCCAUAAGUCAUGGACUGGUAAAAAAUUUGGUUAAACCAGUAUUAAAUCCAGUUACUCGUGUUCCAGAAUUAAAUUCUUUAGACCCCUCAUCAACAGCAAAUUUUUAUGGUGAUAUGGUAAACCCAGGAUUAUUCCAAUAUUUCUUUUCACCAAACAAUAAUGUUUCUUCACCAGGUUAUAACAUCCCUAUCCCAAUUAGCUUACCAUUAACUUUAAAUAAAGAUAAUGGUACUUAUACUUUUGAUAAUCAAAAUUUCUUCCCAAUUGAUAAUCAAGGUAUUGAUGUUGAUCCAUCCAAAAGGUUAUAUAAAGAUGCUAAAGGUGUAUAUCACAACUACCAUUUCUGUUUAAAGAUUAACUCAAAUUUCUUAUUUAAUGGUAGCGAAAUGUUUAGUUUUGUUGGUGAUGACGACUUUUUUGUUUUCAUUGACAAUAAGCUUGUCAUUGAUUUAGGCGGUGUACACUCUGCCGAGUCAGCAAGUGUUAAUUUAAAUACAUUGGGUUUAACAAAAGGCAAAGUUUAUCCAAUCGAUUUCUUUUAUUGUGAAAGACAUACAUCAAAAUCAACAAUUAGAUUUAAUACCAAUAUUUUAAUGACCUGUAAAUUCAUUGAUUAUUGUGGUGUUUGUAAUGGUGAUGGUACCAGCUGUUGUAAUCCUCAAACCACCUGUAACGAUAAUAAUCCAUGUACAAUCGACCAAUGUCCUCUUCCAUAUACUAAGAUCAACGGUUCAAUUUCAGAUUACUGUUAUCACCAUCCAAAGGAAUUAUAUAAUCCAAGUAAUAAGUGUUUUACCCAUCAAUGCAAUAUUACUACUGGUAAUAUCGAUGCUUUUCCAAUUCCAUGUUUAGAUUUAUCAAAAGACUGUUUAAAGAGUAAAGCUUGUAACACGUCCACUGGUUGUCAAUACGAAUCAGCAUGUACUGAUGUUUGUCAUAUUGAGAAUCAAUGUAUCAAUGGAAAAUGUGAAGUUAAAUCUUCUGAUUAUUGUGCUAUUCAAUUAGAUGGUGAUAAGGUUGAUAUUUGCUCCGUAUAUUCAUGCGAUUCAAGUCAAGGUGGUUGCAUUAAACAAGAAAAAUGUCAACAAGGUUCCAAUAAAUGUAUAGUUACUUCAUGUGAUUCUGAAAAUGGUAAUUGCAUAGUUGAAAAUGUUCCAAAUCCAAAUGCAAAUGAUUCUUGCAUAAUUUCAAUAUGCAACCCAGACACUGGUUUAUAUUCAUCAUCACCACUUCAAUGCCCAGAUAGAUCCAAUGAAUAUGAGAAAUGUAAAAGAAAUACUACAAACCCAUGUAUCGAAACAUCUUGUAAAGCAUCUACUGGUGAAUGUUUUGAAAUCGAAAUUCCAGGUGACAUGUGUGAUUGUGGUUGUGACAUUAAAAACAAAUGUAUGAGAUCACAUUGCACUAAAGAAGGUAAGUGCUCACCCGUAUUUAUAGCAGAAAUUGAUGAUGGUAAUACUUGCACUGAUGAUUAUUGCGAUCCAUGUACUGGUUUAAUUACUCAUACCACUGCCUCAAAAUGUUUAAAUUGCAACUCUUGUUAA